UGACGUUACCGGAAGCCACGGCCGUCUUCCUCCGGUCUCCGGUGCUGCCUCGGGAACAUGGCAGAGGUCAGUGGGAGGCUGGGGACCGGGGCUUACCGGCUCUCCGCUCUCAGGAACAGCCAGAGCCGCUCCGUCCGCAGCCGGGAGAGUCACGGAGCUCUGCGGGCGAACAGCUCCGUGACUGCGGGUCGGGCCUGUGGCGAGGCCGGGGGGGAGUCAGACCCGGCUCCAGGUGACUGUCAGCCGGCAACAGAGAGCAGAGCAACCAAACCCAGGGCCGAGAAACUCUGCAGGCAAAGAAAAAGGCGAGCAGACAAUGGGAGUUUGCCAUGUGGCACAUCAUGGGACCUGGAUGUGUGCCCCCCUGUCCGCCUGGCCCAACACAGAGAGGGCAUGCAGGCUCACCGGCCACCAGACCCCCAGGUGGACCUGCUGCUGGCCAGGACGACAUGCCGCGGCGCAACAGGUGUUUUCCUGGCAGCGACCAUUCACCCUGACACCUUCAGAUCACCUCAGCAGGUCAGACAUUUCUGCACUGUGGUUUUGACUCUAGCGGAGCGGGGGUCCGAGCUGUCUGGCGCAGGGUUGAGCCUGAAGCGUCUUAGGCUCCGUCCUGAAGCCCCACAGCCCCGAGCCGCUGCGAGAUGCUACAGCUGGAGGAGCAACAACAGCAGCACAAAAGACUCGGGUCCGCUGUAUCGCAGCAGGACGGCCUAUUACGACAUCCUCAAUGUGUCCCCCGGUGCCACCCAGGCCCAGAUCAAGACGGCCUACUACAAACAGUCCUUCAUCUACCACCCCGACAAGAACCCGGGGAGCGAGGAGGCCACUCAGCGCUUCUCUGAGAUCAGCGAGGCCUACACCGUGCUGGGGAACAUCACCCUGAGGAGGAAGUAUGACCGGGGCAUCCUGAGCCAGUCAGACAUCCAGGGGGCCGGGAGACCGUCCUCCAGAGAGGCCACAAGCAGAGCCCCGACGUCCCAGCAGCAGCAGCAGCAGCAUCAGAGAACCAGGCGUUUCUCCCAAGCCGGAGGGAGGCCCAUGUUUGAUUUUGACGCCUUCUACCAGGCUCAUUAUGGAGAGCAGCUGCAGAGGGAGAGGGAGCUCAGAGCCAGGAAGCAGCGCCUACAGGAGCAACAGAAAAAGGAAUAUGCAAAGUGGAGGCUGGGCAAAAUGUUGGAGGUGACUGCCGGGAUGCUGCUGGCUGUGGCAUCGGUGAUUUUUCUCAAUCUCAGCAGGCCCUGAAAUAGAAGCAGUGAUGAACGUCUCCCCGUCUGAGGUUGCAUGUUGCAACUCCUGGAAGUUGUGGGAGGGGGGGAGGGAAGGGCGGGUGCUGAGGAGCCACUACCUCGGACUUUGUUGCUAGUGUUGCACAAUUUUUUGACACUUAAAGCUGUUUAUUUUUAGAGCCGCGCAGGUAUAAACACAAACCCUGCCUCCUGCGUGCAUACAUCAUCCACUUGUUGAGAUUGAAGCGGUAAAUAGGCUUGCCUUGCACAAAACGUGUUGUGUCCACGCACAAGCUGUUUCUGCAAAGUAAACAGCUGAGCUUGUUCUUCGUUUUGAGACGUGGAGCAUGUGAAACGCACCCGGUGGUUAGGCUGGUGAGACGGUGAACUCCACUGUUACACUUUUAUUCAGUGUUGCUUGAAUUCACGGUUCGAGACAGGGGUUUGGGUCAAAUAAAACGAUUUUAAUGAACGUAUUUUACUUGAAGUUUGCAGUGGUUUCAGUGUAGCAUCACUUUACAGUCUAACAGCUGGUCAUCGGCUGGAUGUUGCAGCCCCAUUAGAGACGAUAAAAACCUCAGAUGUUGCCUGCAGAUGUAAACACAUGGGUUCAGUCAGUUCAGAGCUCUGUCUCUGGACUUUAUCUGUAAAAUUAACAAAAAACCAUGUUCACUGAAGGCCCAGUGGUAUAUUUACAGCUAGUGGCUCUCUAGGCUGGCUGGCUCAGUGCAACUUCCAUGCAAAUUAUUUGCAUAUUGCAAAUUAAACUUUUACUUUGCUGCAUAUCACCAAACACAUGCACAACACAACAUGAUGCAAAAUGAAUGCAUGAAUUUCAUUGGAUGGUCCCUACAGAACUGAAGUUGCAUUUCAGUUGCACCAUGUUAAGCCAUCCUUACAGGUAAUUCAGCCAAAGCCGUUUUUUUUUUCUCAUUUUGUCCUCUUUAGAGCCUCUAAUUCUGCACAGGCAACACAGAUAUUUAUGGCUGUCCAUCUGUCAUACGCCGAUAAAUAAAAACUGUUCAGUAACUGUAAAACUCAUGCUGAAGAACGCACAACCUCUCCCCCUUUCCCUUUACACUGGCUCUACAAUGUAGGAAGUUUCUUUGAAAUGUAUAAUUGAAGUGUUAUUAGGUCAUGAAGAUACAUUCUAUACCACUUGUAUAAAUAAUUAUUUCAUGCCAAUAAUAACAUGUAAAAAUUUUAUUUUGUGUAGAGCUAAGGUGAUCUGUGUUCGAUCAAAUAAAAUCUUUUGAUUCACA